CACGCUGUUUUAUAAUUUCACACACUUAUCAAAUCCAACAAUAAUCUACACCUGGUUUGUUAUCUUUACCGAUUGGCCAACUUGACAACAACGUAAAAAUGAUCCCAUAUUGAGGAACGGUGAUUAAGUUGUUGCAUAACAUAAGCUGAGUGGAUUUUGUAAAUUCUGAUUAUAAAAAUACUUUGAUAGAGCUAUUAGCAGCAGCAUUAAAUAACGAAACGUCAGUAAAAGCAGCAGCAACAUCGUUUUGCCCUUUUUCAUUCAUUGGAAAAUACAAAAAACAACCUUUAUUAUAAAUGUUGAAAUUUGUUCAAAUUCUAUUGAGAUAUUGUCAAUAUACUACACGAAUUCAAUCUUUUCAAAUUAUUGCAGUAUUGAUUAACCAGUUUACUUUGAUCUCCCUUUCUUUUUUACAAUAACGUAUAAAACUAGGCGUCCGUUGCACCGCCGAAAGAAUCCUUGAUACAAUAUGUUACCAGUGCAUAUUCACGUUUGGAGAACACCUAUUCAGUUAAUCGUAAAAUAAAUUACCUUGUCUGUAUAUUUAAUUCUAUACGUAAAAAUAUAUACAACGUAAAAUCUGAUCAAGAAUUUGAUGCCAACUCAUUGAAUACAGAAGAUCUAUAUGCUUACUAUGCUUGGGUAUUUGCUCGAUCUGGUCUACUACUCACCCCAUUAAUUUCAAAUGCCAGUGAACCAAAUCCACAUGGAAACAGUUCAACAACGCCCCUGGAUCAACAUCACCAUCACCAUCAACAUCUAAAUCAAUCUUUCUUGAUUUGUCCAUCUGCACUACAAGCUGACUAUCUUGAUGGAGUGUUCAAUAAUCCACAGAUGAACGAUCAAGCUACAGGACUGAAUGAUUUAUUCGGUACACUCUAUUGGAUAUGGAAUGACAAUCUAUUGAAUACCUCAUGUAAUGAAUCUAAUCCCCUGGGGAAUAGCGAAUAUUUGAAGAAGAAACCUUCAAAGUAUAUUUCACCACUUCUAUUGCAUAAACAAGAAUCACAGUGCUUUACUCAGGAUGACCCACUGCAUGAUGCUGUUGGUUCAAAAUACUCCGGUUUUUCAAAAUUAUCUCCACAUCAUCAUCAUAACAAUGGCAAACAUCAGCCAUCUGUAGAUGGGAAUACAACUCCCGGUAUAUUUCAAUCAACUAAAGAAUUCACAAGACGUCGAAUUAUUAUACCACCACGUCGGCGGAAAACAAUUACCGGUGUAAAUAUAGCAAAAACAAUCAAUACUAUUGGAAAUCUAAAUGACUUGAUAAAAGCACCAUCACCGACAGUAUUACAUAAUGGUAAAACAUUGACAAUCGAGCCAAAGAUAACCACCAAUGGACCUAACCAGCUAUCACAUCUUACAAAACCACAAUCAAUAUCUCAUUUAACAUUGAAUGAAGAUCAUUCUUAUCCCCCGUGUGCUUCAUUGUUAACCUCAUCAUCAACUUCAUCAUCAAGAUGGCGUCCAUGGAUUGCACAAUCGCCAAUGGUAACACACCCAACUAAUACAUGGUCAACUUCUAUGCCUUAUUCACUUGGACAAGUGUCUUGUGUGAAUCCGAAUCAAGGGAAUUGUUUACAAGUAUUUGUUAUGAAUGAAGAGACUAGUCGGUUACAAGUGUUAAGCUAUCUAAUUAGACCAAAUAUGACAGCUAGAGAAUUAAACAAUCUGAUCGCAUUUCAAAUGAGAAUAUUCGAUUCUAAAGAUUUUGGAUUAUUUGCCUACAUUAAUGGAACGGAAAUCCAACUGGAAGAUGAAUUACACAUGGCUGAAUUUACAAAUACAACUUCAGAUAUCCUACAUUCAGUACACACGCUUCCAGACACCACCAUUACCACCCAAACGACAAUAGCAACAACAACAACCACAACACCAUCACGUUCACAAACAGGCACAUUGAAUUCAAUCAAAGAUAAUGAAUCUCACCCAUUCAAGAGUCAUGCCUCUAUCAGUUCACGUUCUGAAUCAACAACAACUAGCAGUUCAUGUGGUGAAUCACGUUCACAGCAGACAACAAUGCAACGUAUUCGUAAGUCUAGUAAAUCACGUCCUGCAUGGUGGAUAAUGUGUGGAUCAAACAGUCAACAAACACAAACACAAAAACACCAACCGGUGAAUCCAUCAACUGAAAAUCCAAUAAGCACAGAGGUCACUGGUAAAAAUCAAGAUCUCGGCAAGCAUAAACCAAUUUUAGUUUAUCGACGUAAAUCAGGAUAUUUCGCCUUAUCAGAUCGUUUGUUAACUGGAAUGAAAUGUGCCCAACAGCAACAACAAAAUUCAGGAUAA